UUGGUUGCGGAUAAAAGAAUAACCUCAGCCACGAAGAGUACAAUCCUUUUCCCGGAUAACCUUAUCCCUAAAAGCUCACCGAUCUCUCUCUCUCUCUCUCCCCGCCGGAGUUCUCUCACAGGCGCCGAAAUGAGCACGCAUGGUGAAAGCGAAAACGAGCGACUAAGAACGGUGUGGACGCCAGAGAUGGAUCAGUACUUCAUCGAGCUUAUGUUGGAGCAGGUGAAGAGAGGGAACAGAUUCGACGAUCACUUAUUCAGCAAACGUGCUUGGAAGCUCAUGUCUUCUGCCUUCACCGCGAGGUUCAAGUUUCCUUACGGGAAAGACGUUUUGAAAAACAGGCACAAGACGUUGAGGAACUUGUUUAGAUCUGUGAAGAGUCUCUUGAGAGAAGAUGGGUUUAGCUGGGAUGAAAGGACACAGAUGGUGGUUGCUGAUAAUUGCGUUUGGGAUGUCUAUCUCAAGGGUCAUCCUCAUUCAAGAUCUUUUCGAAUAAAGUCGAUUCCUUUUUAUAAAGAUCUGUGUUUGAUUUACUCUGAUGGAAUGUCUGAGCAGAAAGCUCCAGAGAAUAUUACUGAGGGAGAUGACAACAGACUAUGUGAAUCAACAAAAGGAAGCGGCAUCUCAAGAUGCAGGACUACUUGGCAUCCUCCAAUGGACCGCUAUUUCAUCGGUCUCAUGUUGGACCAAGCGAGAAGUGGAAACCAGAUUGAAGGUGCUUUUAGGAAACAAGCCUGGACUGAGAUGGUUAAACUCUUCAACGCCAAGUUCGACUCUAGCUUUACUGUGGAUGUCUUGAAGAACCGGUACAAGACUAUGAGAAGGCAGUAUAAUGCGAUCAAGAGUCUUCUUCGAUCAGAUGGGUUUUGUUGGGAUGAUGAGCGUCAUAUGGUUACAGCUGAUGAUAAUGUCUGGCAAGACUAUAUAAAGGCUCAUAGAGAUGCAAGGCAAUUCAUGACUCGACCCAUUCCAUACUACAAAGAUUUGUGUGUGGUCUGUGGAGAUUCCGAGGAAAGUGACUGCUUUGUAGCUACGGACUGGUUUGAUCCCGAAGCCGAGUUCCACGAGGGUACAACCGAUUUGUCUAGUUCCGGUGAGGAACAAGACAUCAACUCUCUUUUCUGUGAACCCAAGAACAAAAGAGAUCAUCAAAAUGGUACAAGCCCUGUAAAGCUGAAGAAGCCUCGAGUUGAUGAAACCAAAGCCAUGGGAAUAGAAGACGCGGUUGAGGCUAUUCAAGCGUUACCAGACAUGGAUGAGGAGCUUAUAUUAGAUGCUUGUGAUCUGCUUGAAGAUGACCUCAAGGCCAAGACUUUCUUGGCACUAAAUGUGAAAUUACGCAAGAAGUGGUUGUUAAGGAAACUCCGGCUUCAUGUAACUUAACACCAUUAUUAUCUGUAAAAAAUGCACAAGUUUUGAAAGAUAAACAGAGCUUCAUUUUCUUAUAUUAUAAUAGACUACUCUAGCG